AACUAGAGAUUCUCAUGCUAAGCAAAGCCAUAAAGAAAAAAAAAAUGAAAAACAUCAUAUGAUAUCAAUUAUUUGUAGAAUAUAAAAUAUAGCACAAAUGAUCCUAUCUGCAAAAUAGAAACAUAUCAUGGCCACGGAGAGCAGAUAGUGGUUAGUGGUUCCCAGCAGGGAGGAGGGAGGGAAUGGGAUGGAUGGGGAGUUUGGGGUUUUGGAAUGCAAACUGUUACAUUUGGAAUGGAUGGGCAAUGGGACCCUACUAUUCAGCACAGGGAACUGUGUGUGAUUGGCUCACUUUGCCAUACAACAAAGUACAGCAAAGAAACACUGUAAAUCAACUAUCCUUUAAUAAAAAAUAAAAUAAUUAGUGAACAUCAUGUCUUACCACUAAUUUAGGAACUCCCUAAGCAUUCUAAUUUCCCUCUGAAUUAUCACCAUUCUCAUAUAUGAAUACAGGGACACUACAAAGUAAAAAGUCUGGGCCAAUGAUGUCUGUGGCAGCCCCUUGCUCUUAUGAGCUCCACAUCCUCAAAUCCAGAUGCACCAUCAGGAACCGGGACUUGGCAAGAGGCUUAAUGAGCUCCAAGGAACAACCUAAGCUAUAUACAGUAUUUCUCAACACAGUAUGAAUUUUAGGUGGUGUUUUUGUAAUUUUAUUAGAGUAAUUGGCUCUUUGGGGGUUUGUUGGUCUAUUUGCAGGACUGUUGUUUGUCAUUGUUGUUCUUUGUGUUGUUCAGGAGCAGGGAUUCGGCUUUUACUUGCUUUCAUAAUUGAGAAAUAAGAAACAAGAAAACAGUACAGAAAAUGUAAUUUCUGUUUACUCAUAGAAAACAGAACCUUAGAAACAACUUCAGGGGUAGAAUCAAUACAACACAAAGAGAAAGUAUUGAGUUUCUCAGUAUUUGACUAGAUUUUCCCUGGAGAAAAGUCUGAGGGCUAAUUAUCUGGGGACACAUAUACACAUACAUAUUCUUAGGGUUUCAGUGUAAUAGCAAUAAUAGCCCUUUGCACAAUGAUAGCACUGUGAUAUGUGAUGUAUUUCAUAGGCAAUCCAUUUGUUUCUGAAUACAUUUGCAUAAAGCACUCUGUAAAAAAAUAAACAAGCAUGAUGUAUAUGAAUCAAUUAAAGGAGCCUUUGAUGAUAUAUUCUUCCUGUCAGUUAACUGGUCCAUUUCACCUAUUAGAAGUCCCUGACAAGGACAAGUAGCACAGUCCCUGGUAUUUUAGGCAAUGAUAAAUACCUGUUGGACUGAUUUGGAGGUAAACUGCUAUAAAAUAAGGUAUAGAACUCUGUAUUUAGUUUAUUGGUUCCGUGGAGAAAAUAUCCUUCAGCAUAAAGCACAUGUAUUAAGGGCUUACUAAGCACCAGACAUUGUAAUAAAUGUUUUACAUGCUGACCUCACUUUUCCCCUCAGACACCUUUGAGGGAGAUAUUAGGAUGACUUGACUCUUACAAACAGGGAAACUGACACCUGUGGAGGUUACAUCAGCUACCAAGGGGCCACACAGCUAACAGGUGACAGAGUGAGACUGACAAGAAUGCCCUUUUCUUGACCACUUCUCUCCAUUGUGAUACCUGUCCUGGAGCCAUCUGUGGGCAGCUACACCAGGACCCAGGGCAGGCACCAGCAUCAAACCCUCUUGCAGCUCAGUAAUUAUUGAGCUACAACUGAUUUUUAAAAUAUGAAUAUAACAUAAUAAAAAUCAUUGACAUAUAUGGACAUUUGAUCCAUAAAGUAAAUAGCAAUUGAACUUAUUCCAAUUUUUGUACAAUUUCAGUUCUUUCAGAACAUUCUAUGUCAGGUGUCCAAGAUAAGGACUGAGUGAGAAGACACAGUAGAUGUCCUAUGUUUAGCCCUACUUACUGUGAUAGUGUCUGAAGGUAGCACUCAAGGUCAGAAUAAUGAUAUGAAACAAAGCAUUUUUACCAUACUACCGACAACUUUAUAUACAGUCUCAUUAUACCUUCACAACUGCUAGAAGUAAGUAUUUCUAUUCCUUUUCUACAGACCAAGAAAUUGAGAAACUCACAGGAGAAAGAUAAUUAUUCAGGCCAUCCAGCUGGUUUCAUAGGCUGGCUCCGUCUCUUCCUAUUUCUUUGACCUUGAGCAAAGCUGACCUUCUGCCCAUUAUAUUAUACUUCCUCUCAUGGUGCCAUUAUAUUCUACACACAGGCCAACCUCAGACAAAAGUGUGAUGUAGGCAGAUACCCUCGGUACCUCCCGUGAUCCCCUACCUGUUUGCUCCUUCCCCUCCUUUCAAUGCGCCCAUUUCUCCCACGUUCCCAAGAAUCUCAUCCUGUCCAGAUUCUUCCUAACAUGGAGAAAAAUGCCACUGCCUUCCCCAGGAUAAUUCACAUCAUAAUACAGGCCAGGCGUGAUGCUGGGCACAGAUGGACAAAUAUGAAUAGGGAGCUGACCCUUUCAAAGAACACACAGCACAGCUGGGAAAAGCAAAAGGGAUGCCAUUAUCCUAGGACAAAGAAUAGGUGGAGAAAGCCAUUUUCUGAAAUACAUGUAACAGCUUUAUAGUGAUAUACUUUGCAUGCCAUAUAAUUCACUCAUUUAAAGUGAAGAGUCCAGCGGUUUUUUAACAUAUUCACAGUGUUGUGCAGUCAUCAACACAAUCAAUUUUAGACCAUUUUAAACACCCCAGAGAGAAAUCCUGCACACACUAGCUUCUCCACAUACCUCCUACACCAGCCCUAAGCAACUACUAAGCUACCUUUUAUAUUUAUAGAUUUGUCUAUUCUGGACAUUUUAUAUAAAUGGAUAAUAUAACAUGUGGUCUUUUGUAAUUGGCUCUGUUCUAUUUCUUUUAUAUUCCUCACAAUAACUUUAGGAUGAGGGUAUACAUGUUUAUUCCUCCUUUACAGCAAAGGAAACAGACUUAGGAUAAGUAAAAUGUUCCCAAAUCAAGCAAUAUGUACUAUGUGAGCCAGGACUCAAACCCACAGGCAGAGUGUUUUAAAAGAAACAGAACAGAGCCUGGUACUUAGUAGGAACUCAAUAAAUUACAGCUAACAGAAGGAAUGCAUUAAUUAAUUAAUAGAAAUUAAUGAAGGAACACAUGAAUAAAAAGUACCUAGCACAGUAUCCUGCACUAGGUGUUCAGCAGUUAACUGUUCGUGCUCAAUACAUGCAAGCAGUAAAGAUGAAUGUGCAAAAAGGGCAAACAUUUCAUUGUUACCACCAUCCUGUGACCAGAACACAACAUAAGUGGUAGAUGUCUUCAUAUGUUCUGCCCUGUUGGCAGGUCGCUCCCUGAGGUCCUGUCAGACAGGAAGAAUUCAUGUCCACAGCCACUCAGCUCUUUCAGCUGAGGAAACAUGAUUUGUGAGCCACCAUGCUCAUCAUCCUCUUCCAUCAGGCCAUUUAUGGCCCUUACAAUUCCACUCUUGAUGAGAAUGCAUAAAAUGUUAUUGGCCCUGUGUGCUUACUGUAUAAUAUACGGAACUUACAAAAGACAUUAUUAAAUAUUGUUAAAUGAAGGGCUGAAUAGGUGCACUAAAACGACUGCAUGUUGAAAGGAUUUGUUAACCCCACUGAUGCCAUAGAAAGUAACUGCCACAUUUCCCCAAUUUCUCCUUGCACAAAAAUCAUUGUUAAAUGGUUGGGAGUUCCCAUCAUUGCUCAGUGGUUAACGAAUCCGACUAGGAACCAUGAGGUUGCGGGUUUGAUCCCUGGCCUUGCUGAGUGGGUUAAGGAUCCGGGGUUGCCAUGAGCUGUGGUGUAGGUCGCAGACUCGGCUUGGAUCUGGUGUUGCUGUGGCUGUGGUGUAGGCCAUCAGCUACAGCUCCAAUUGGACCCCUAGCCUGGGAACCUCCAUAUGCCACAGGACAAAAAAAAAAAAAAAAAUCAUUGUUACAUGGUUUGAAAGGACCGUGCAGAAAGGAAGUUCUGGGUUAAGAACACUGGCCCCAGGGUCAGGAGCCUUGGUUCAAAUAUUGACUCUGGCAUUCACAUUAUUUUCAGCAAUUCACUGUACUUCUCUGGACAUGAGUUGCACUUAUAAAUGAGAGGUUGGUCAGUAUAGCGUCUAGGCUCCCCAACUCUGGCAUUCUUUGAAUCCACAAAAAUAUUCAGUGUAGAAUUUAUAUCUACUACUCUUUUUUUCCCUCAGUAAUUUCUCUAUUCAUGAUAUCAGCACUGUGCUUUCAGGAUGGGCUGGAUGAAACAUUAAAAGCAAAGAAUCUCGAGGUAGAAUUGCCUAAACUGAUCUUAUUUAGCCCAGAGGCUCCAACCAAGUGCAGAGGACUUGGGCAGUGGAGUGAACUGUUCCAAAUGACCAAGAAUAAAUAUUUUGAAGCUAGAAAGUGGGAUCAGUGGUAUCUCAACAGGUGCACUUCAUCACAACUGACCAGUCCUAUCACUUCUACAUCCAAACACACUUAUGUCUCUGUUUCCACCUACUCCUCGUGCACUGGUCUCCAGACUAGCUCUCUACGCUUUAUUGUGUUUCAGCUGUAUCUCUUGCUUUCUUUCUUCUCAACUCCUCUGAAAUUGAUUGCUCCCAAGGGACAUAGAUUUCUUCACUGGCAUUACAUGUGCUCAAGUAUGUGUACAGUGACAGGAAUAAGAGAGGGAUUGAUUCAGAGAAGACAAGGGAAGUGGAGAAUAGUUCUGGAGAAGGCCCUGACUCCCACAAAAACAUCUGACACAGGAAGACAGACAGACAGAGAUCACCUUUAAUAGACAAGUCCUUAGGGAAGGCCCUGACUCCCACAAAAACAUCUGACACAGGAAGACAGACAGACAGAGAUCACCUUUAAUAGACAAGUCCUUAGGGCAAACCAACCAAAAUAUGUAGAGUACUUCAGUUUUUUUUCAAUGUUACUUCAAAUCAAUUUUUUUCUGACAAAUGGUUCAUAGGUACCGAGAUACUGGUAUAUAUUCAUUUUUAACAAAGAAAAAUGAUUUUUUGACUGUCUAUCAUACUUUCUAAAUAAGAUGGCUGUGUUCAUGGGAAGACCUAUAGAUGAAAGAAGCACCGUUAACAGUAAAUCAUAAAAAGUAAUGUCUAGAUUCUGAAGCUCUCAGAGAAGAGUCCAAUGUGCCAUAUAUGAAUGUUUGCAGUAGGUUUUCUGUGUAGUCUGUUACACACAAAGUAGAAUCCUACAUUUCUAUAACAGCAUGAAUUUAUUCUCAUUUCAUUGUUUCAAUUCACUUUAUAGUUAAACUAAAAAGCAUUUUUAUAAUUGGAGUGCAUAUCAGCCUAUACUCACAUAUCUGACUUUUUGCUGGCUUCACCAUUUCUUAGAGCAGGAGAAAAAAAUUUUCCUAUUUCUACAAUACUGUAAACCCAAGGAACCCUAAAAGGAAAGCAUAUAAAAUUAUAAAACCAAAAGAAGGAUAAAUAUCACAUAACUUCCCACAUGUAUUGAACAUAAAGAGGAACUAAUAGAUGAGUUUACCAAGAAAAAUGAAAAUGUUUUUGGCAUAUUCCAAUUCCAAAUAACAUAUGUUUCCAGAAAAAAAUUAAUUCCACAAACUAGUAUAUUAACUGCCACCUGUCUUUAAUAGCCUAUUUUAACUUUUUCUGUGGGAAACUCUUUAUUGCAUUAAUGAACUUCAUCAAGUAUUUCAAAAAACAGUUGCCCCACUUUGCCUCCUGAAUAAGUCUCCCUGUGGUCAAUUAUUGUUCCUAGUUCUUCAUUUCUUUCCUAUAAUGAUAUUACACAUCAUUUCCUUUGCUACAUGACUUCACAGAGCCCCCAGCAGUGUCAAUAAACUAAAUUACCACAUUGUUUUUUGGCUUAACCACGUGUCUUUCUCUACCUAAUAGAAAGUUAAUGGGUAUGAUGCAAACGAAGAUGUAAAUGUGCUUGCAUAAUGUGGCUUGACUGUUGUGUUUCUGCCAUCUGUCAUGACAAAAUUAUGUGUUGGGAAGCUCCUGAUCCCAGAAUGAGAGAUACAUGGAAGAGUUCCAAAUGCUGCUAUCAGCCUGAAGCAGGAAGUCAACUUCAAGCAGAUUGACUUGAAUCAGGACCUCACUGGGGAAGCAUAAGUGUUCCAUAAACUGCAUUUUUUUUUUUAAUUUGGAAAACACUCAAGUUCAGAGGCUUUACCAUCCUGAACUUCACUUUGUGAAAACCUGGCAAUCCCAUGUGGACUUCUGGUAGAAUGAGCAAUGCAAAGAGCUGGCUUGGACUUGGCAUGUCCUUAUACUUCUGGGGAUUAAUGGACCUUACGACCACUGUUCUCUCGGGCACACCAACACCACCAGGCGAAUUAGAAGCGCUCCUGUCAGACAAGCUACAGGCACACUCACGGACAAAGAGGAGCUGGGUUUGGAACCAGUUUUUUGUUCUGGAAGAGUACACUGGAACUGACCCUUUGUAUGUCGGCAAGCUUCAUUCAGACAUGGACCGGGGGGAUGGAUCCAUCAAAUACAUCCUCUCUGGAGAAGGUGCAGGCGUCGUGUUUACCAUCGAUGACACCACUGGAGACAUCCACGCCAUUCAGAGGCUCGACCGAGAGGAAAGGGCCCAGUACACCUUAAGGGCUCAAGCCCUGGACAGGCGGACAGGCAGGCCAAUGGAGCCGGAGUCAGAAUUUAUCAUUAAAAUCCAAGACAUCAAUGACAAUGAGCCCAAGUUCCUGGAUGGACCUUAUGUUGCCACGGUGCCAGAAAUGUCACCAGUGGGGACCUCUGUUAUCCAGGUGACAGCCACAGAUGCCGAUGACCCAACCUAUGGCAACAGUGCCCGGGUAGUAUAUAGCAUCCUCCAGGGUCAGCCAUACUUUUCUGUGGACUCCAAAACAGGUGUAAUUAGGACAGCACUCAUGAACAUGGACCGAGAAGCCAAAGAAUACUAUGAAGUCAUCAUCCAAGCCAAGGACAUGGGAGGGCAGCUUGGAGGAUUAGCUGGGACCACAACAGUCAACAUCACCCUCUCGGAUGUCAAUGAUAACCCACCCCGUUUUCCCCAGAAACAUUAUCAGAUGAGUGUGUUGGAAUCAGCUCCAGUUAGCUCUACUGUGGGGAGAGUGUUUGCCAAGGAUUUGGAUGAAGGAAUCAAUGCGGAGAUGAAGUACACUAUUGUGGAUGGAGAUGGUGCAGAUGCAUUCGACAUUAACACAGAUCCCAAUUUCCAAGUUGGCAUCAUAACUGUGAAGAAGCCCCUGAGUUUUGAAAGCAAGAAAAGCUACACCUUAAAAGUGGAGGGAGCCAAUCCUCACCUAGAGAUGCGUUUUCUGAACCUAGGCCCAUUUCAGGACACAACCACAGUGCACAUCAGUGUGGAAGAUGUGGAUGAGCCUCCUGUGUUUGAACCUGGCUUUUAUUUUGUGGAGGUACCUGAAGAUGUGGCGAUUGGAACAACCAUACAGAUCAUUUCUGCCAAGGACCCAGAUGUGACCAACAACUCGAUCAGAUAUUCCAUUGACAGAAGUAGUGACCCUGGAAGAUUCUUCUAUGUUGACAUUACAACAGGUGCCCUAAUGACUGCAAGACCCCUUGACCGAGAAGAGUUUUCUUGGCAUAAUAUUACUGUCCUUGCUAUGGAAAUGAACAAUCCUUCCCAGGUUGGAAGUGUUUCUGUCACAAUCAAAGUCUUAGAUGUGAACGACAAUGCUCCAGAGUUCCCCAGAUUCUAUGAAGGUUUUGUCUGUGAGAAUGCCAAAGCAGGGCAGCUGAUCCAGACAGUGAGUGCAGUGGACCAAGAUGACCCACGCAACGGCCAGCACUUCUACUACAGCCUGGCCCCUGAGGCUGCUAACAACCCCAACUUCACCAUAAGGGACAACCAAGAUAACACUGCCCGGAUUCUAACCAGGAGGUCUGGCUUCCGGCAGCAGGAGCAGAGCGUCUUUUACCUGCCCAUCCUGAUAUCAGACAACGGGCAGCCAGUGCUGAGCAGCACAGGCACACUGACUAUCCAGGUGUGCAGCUGUGACGAUGACGGCCACGUCCUGUCCUGCAGCCCCGAGGCCUACAUGCUCCCCGUCAGUCUGAGUCGCGGUGCCCUCAUCGCCAUCCUGGCCUGCAUCUUUGUCCUCUUAGUGCUGGUGCUGCUCAUCCUGUCCAUGAGGAGGCACCGGAAACAGCCGUACAUCAUCGACGACGAAGAGAACAUCCACGAGAACAUCGUCCGCUACGACGACGAGGGCGGGGGCGAGGAGGACACCGAGGCCUUCGACAUCGCGGCCAUGUGGAACCCGCGGGAGGCGCAGGCGGGAGGCGCCCCCAAGACGCGGCAGGACAUGCUGCCCGAGAUCGAGAGCCUCUCCCGCUACGUGCCUCAGACGUGCGCUGUCAACAGUACCGUCCACAGCUAUGUGCUGGCCAAGCUCUACGAGGCCGACAUGGACCUGUGGGCCCCGCCCUUUGACUCCCUGCAGACGUACAUGUUCGAGGGGGAUGGCUCGGUCGCCGGGUCUCUGAGCUCCCUGCAGUCAGCCACAUCGGACUCAGAGCAGAGCUUCGACUUCCUGACAGACUGGGGGCCCCGCUUCCGGAAGCUGGCGGAGCUCUACGGGGCGUCUGAGGGGCCCGCGCCCCUAUGGUGA